CAUCCUCCUCACACAAUACAUAGUAUUGAAGAAUGAACUAAUGGCCGGAAGCAACAGGUUAUUUAAACUCUCUCCCCCUUCCUACGCUUUCAACCUUUAUCCCGCCGCUUUGAGAUCCCUCUCUCCCCCUGCGCAGCCAUCCCAUUCUUUGUCCCAACAUUCUAGCUUCAAGCAAGGGGUAUAAUACCCAGUUGAUCCAUCCAAGUCCGGGUUCAUACCCCCAAUAAUACCCAAUACUCUCGGCGCCUCCUUGCUAAGUUCUACAUUUCUCUGCGCAAGGAGAGAGAGAGGCGUUAGGAGAUGGCUUCAACCAUCUUCGCAGCGCCCCUCAGGGCCCAUCCCGGAUCCUUCGCAUGACUGCAUGCGGAUCUACAAUCCAGUUCUCCAUGAGUAUAAGUCCACUCAGUAUUAGGGAUACUGUCUCUCAGAUCUCUCAUAUUGAUCUUCCUUUUCUUUUCUUCCCUUGCGUCUCCAGAAUAUCAUCUAUCAUAUUCCCCCACCCAUGAUACAUCGUCGUUUCUUGUUUUAGAGGAGGAGCGAGCAAGAGGAUUCCAGCAAAUACCAACAACCUACCACACCUUUUUUUUUUCUUGAACGAUGGCUUGCGAAUCAUCGCCUCGUCCUCGUCUGCGCGCCGUUUUGUCAGCUUUGCAACGCAGGCCACAUGUAAUCCGCCGCGCGAUGCAAGGACAAGGUCGUUCCAGGGCAGCUGCAAGCUGGAGCUCGAUGCCGGAAUCUCGAGCUCAAGUUCAAGCUGUCGGCGACGAGUUUGUUAGUGGGAUAUUGCGACCGAAGUGCUAUUAUGGCGAUGAGAUGCCUGGUCCUUUACCAGUAGCAAGUGCAACUUUCGAAAUAGUUUCGGCGAUGCCGGAAUGCCUACCGCAGAUGGGUUUAGAUCUCCCCGCCUGGGUUGAGAACACGAACCGCCAUACACUGCAAUCGGGAGGCGGUAUUGUCGAUGAAGAUCUGGUGCCGUGGAUGCAGAUGCCCCAGCCAGAGUUGUUCAGCGGUAUCAGCAGAGCGCAGUAUAGGGAAACUCCUCUCUAUUCUGAGGCUGGGUCGCCAGAUUUAUCGCGUGCAUAUGUCACAGACGAGGUGGCAUGUCCGCAGCCGAGGCCGCCGAUAGUGUCGUGGGCAUCCUGGGCGACGUUUGGGCUGGGUGAUAGCUAUGCCGGCUUUGAAUCUCAAAUUUCACCUAAGAGAGGUUCUUCGUCGGAUUGCGAGGCUGGGGAUGAUAACAGCUACUAUGGCGAUGCGUAUGGAGAGGAUGGGGCCUCAGUCUCAUCGCGGCAGAGUUCAGCUCUCUCUAUCAAAUGCCAAGGCCACAAUAUAUCGGAACUCGCACCAGUGACUUUUGGUCAGUCAGUAACCCAGCAAGUUGAGGAAAGCGUGGUGCCAAACUCGAUGGGCUCAGAGUUCAUGGAUUGGGCUGGGAGUGGAAGUAGUGGUCGGAGCUCACCGUGUUACUCCGAGUGUGCUUAUGAGGAAUUCGCGACUCCGCUCGCACCAGCGAGAGCACGUAUUGUUCAUAUAUCGGGAGACUGCUCCCAGUUCCCAACCAGGUCUACAUCUCUAUUCCAACGAGGCUCCUCCGAACAUUCGCCAGUCAGAGUUUCUAUGGAUCAAGUGGCAAACCCAGCCCGCCAUCCAGCCUCGCCAGAUACGCCCGAUUCCACGCCCAAAUCCCACUCAAGACCAUUCACCCCCUACCCCCAACCAACCUACCUCCUCCCACCCCCCACCCGCCCUCCCCCCACGCCUCCCUUCGGUCCCCACCCCCCCCUCAACAUCCACCCCUCCCACCCCGCCCUUCUCCGCCAACGAAAACACAUCUGGGGCUCCACCGCCACCGAAAUCUCCUCAGAAAUCCUAAACGACAUCUACGCGGCCACGCGCCUCUUCUCCAUCAAAAAACUCACCCUCUCCCAUCCCUGCGUGUUCGUCAUCCGCAACGCGCGACGCCGCUGGCGCACUUAUGAGGGGUGGUACACCAAUCCCUCCACCGCGUCGCAAGGACUGUUAGAUUCGUUGUCGGCUUCGAUGUUCUUGUCGAGCGGCGAUCAGAAUCCCGCCCCUUCGCCGCGGCCGAGCUCGGACCCGCCGUCGGAGGUGGGGUCGAAGGAUACGGAGAGUGAGGCGGUAUGGUCGCAGGGACUCGUUACGCGGACGGCGACGCCGGUUACGGAUUUGGAGUCUGAGGGGGAGGAUGAGGAGGGGAGGUUGUUGCCGGAGGCGGAUUUGGGGGCGUUGAGACGGAUUUUUCCGGGGAGUAAUGCGGAGUGGUAUGGGAUAUUGUAUGCGCAUAUUGUGUGUUAUAAUUAUGUGAUGGAUCUGGAGCAGGGACCGUCGUUUCAGCAUUUGGAGGUGGAUGAGGAGAGGGGGAGGAGGCGGGAAGAGGAGGAUGAGAGUGUGAGGUGUGGGUUGAUUUUGAGGAACUUGGAGUAUUGUAUUAGUCGCAUUAUUUGCCGGAUGAGGGGGAUGAAUGGAAGGAUGGCGGAUAAGGAGGCCGGGGGGGGGCUGAGGGAGUCGCACUUGGUGCUUACACGCUCGUUGUCGGCGUUUAUAAGGUCUUGUGAGGCGUCGAUAAUGUAG